AUGGGAGCAAAAUGUUGUGCUCAAUAAACAAUACUAAAUCCUCAAGUUAUUAGCAAUAAUAAUGGAUUUAUUGAAUAGUUACAAUAUACCCCUUAAGAGAAUUAAAAAAUAAUUCCUUAAGAGGUUUAGGCUGAUAUAACAGAUGAAAAGAAAUAGGAGUUGGAACAAAGAAAAAGUGAGGAUGAUCCAAUUAUUUUCAAAUCUCAUUAACAACAUUCAUAAAAAUAAGAUUUGUAAAAAGUAACUGAAAUUCCUUUGUAGUUUUAACAUCCUGAUUUAAAGUUUUAUGAAUUACCGAUCGAAAUAACGAAUAAUAACAUCAAGAAAACACUUGAAAGAAUAGGAAAAUAUGUCCCAAACUAAUAGAAUUAUAUUAAUGGUUAAGCUUAACCACCUUAUUAAAUAAAGGGAGAAGUAAUAUAUAUAGGGACUUGGAAUGGUAUUAAGAGAGAAGGUUAUGGUAAACAAUUUUGGUAGGAUGGAACCAUAUAUGAAGGAUAAUGGUAGAAUGAUAUGAUUUCUGGACAUGGUAGAAUAAUAUAUUCAGAUGGGGAUGCUUAUGAAGGGUAUUGGAUGAAUGGAAAUGCUAAAGGAUUUGGAAUAUAUUUUCAUUAUGAUGGAGCUAGAUAUGAAGGAUAAUGGGUUGAUGAUCUUCAAGAAGGAGAAGGUAAAGAAUAUUGGCCAGAUAAUUCAUUUUUUGAAGGAUAAUACAAAUAAGGAAAAAAGAAUGGGAUUGGUAUCUUUAUUUGGAGUGAUGGUGCAAAAUAUCAUGGAUAAUUUGUUGAUAAUUAAAUUCAUGGAUAAGGAGAAUAUACUUGGGCUGAUAAAAGAAAAUAUUAAGGAGAGUGGAAAGAUAAUAAAAUGGAUGGAAAGGGAACAUUUAUUUGGCCAGAUGGUAAGAAAUAUUUAGGUACUUAGAUUAUUUAACAAUUUUUUAGGAGAUUAUAAAGAAGAUAAAAAGUGUGGUUAUGGAGAAUUUUAUUGGCAAGAUGGAAAAAUAUAUAAAGGUUUUUGGAAAGAUGGAAAAUAACAUGGUAAAGGUGAAGUUAUUGAUCCAAGUGGUAAUAAAUAAACAGGAGAGUGGUAAGAUGGCAAAAAAAUUUGA